AUGAACUUCACCAAGAAAUUCGACCGCGCCUUCCAAUGGGCCGGUGAAAAGAUGGGCUCCGAGUCCAAGACAGGCCAGACGGACGAGUUCAGGAACUUGGAGAUGGAGAUGCAGUUGCGAUAUGAUGGAAUGGAAAGACUCCAGAAGUCCACAAACACAUACGUCAAAUGGAUUGCUCGCCGCGGCGAGGCCACCGAAGACAAGGAGAAGGGGCUUCCCAUUGCCUUCGUCGGUCGCAUGAUGAUUUCCCAUGGCGAGGAGUUCGAGCCUGACUCCGAGUUCGGCGCCUGUCUGCUCUCUCUUGGUCGAACAAACGAACGCCUCGCGGGCAUCCAGGAAAACUAUGCCUCCGAGGUCACUGACAACUGGCUCGUCUCUGUCGAGAGGUCGCUGGCUAUGAUGAAAGAGUACCAGGCCGCACGGAAGAAGCUCGAGUCGCGCCGAUUGGCCUACGAUGCGAGUAUCAGCAAGAUGCAGAAGGCGAAGCGUGAGGAUUUCCGUCUCGAAGAGGAGCUCCGCACCGCCCGCGCCAAGUACGAGGAAGCUGGCGAGGAUGUCAUGCGACGGAUGCAGGACAUCAAGGAUGCUGAGACCGACAACGUCCGCGAUUUGACAGGCCUCCUCGAUGCCGAGCUAAGCUACCACGAGCGCUGCACCGAAGAGCUGCGCCGUCUGCGCCAGAACUGGGCUGGAGGCAAUGUACCGUCAUCGCCCACCGACCGGCGCUACAACAACGGUCGCGGAAGGUCCAAUACGGCACGGUCUUUCACCGACUAUUCCGCCCGCGGCAAUCAUCACGUCGAGGAAGAGCCCGAACCGAUGCCUGUCCGCAUGCCCAUCCGCUCCAAUCGGUCCGAUGCCAAGUAUGGUGCUUCGGCAGACACAACCCCGAGACCGUCCAUUGCUAGGUCCCAGACGUUCCAGGGUCCCGCUGCUGCUGAUCGACGCUCUGUCGCCGCCACGCCUCCGGUGCCCAGCGUUUCUCACAUUGGGUCUCUGCGCGGAAAUCUGAGACCUACGGGCAGACCACUCGCCAGCGACGUCUUUGCCGACCGUGACGACGAUCAUAUGACGGUGAGCGGCAGCGGCAGCCCGGAAUGGAACGACCGCAGCGCAAGCCCGGCGACUAGUAUGGGCAGCAGCUUGACUAGAAGCACAAGCAACCUCCAGUCCAAGAAAGCGCCUCCACCACCUCCUCCGAGCCGAGCCAAGAAGCCGGCGCCCCCAAUCCCCGCCAAGCGGGAGGUUGGGUACUAG